UGGAGAGUCGAAGAAGAAUCCUUGAAGUGUCACACUGUCCUUCGCCAUCACGUAUCAGCAGCUGCAGGAGUGUAGUCGUCGGGUCAUCUUGGGACGCGAAAACUGCAAUCAUGGUUUACGAAGAGAAGAUGAUCUUGAAUGGAGACCCAGAUGAUGAGGAGGAAGAAGAGGAGGAGGAGGAAGAAGAGGAAGAAGAAGAAGACCUGGUGGACCCCCUAGACACGAUUAGGGAGAAGUGUGAGAAAACGGAGCACUGUGUCCAUACACACGAACGGCUGGAGGCAUGUGAAAACAGAGUGGGGUCGCGGUCAAAUACUGCUGAAGACUGCACAGAAGAACUGUUCGACUUCCUCCAUGCUCGUGACCACUGUGUGGCACACAAGGUAUUCCAUUCCGUGAAAUAAUCUCAAAAUCCCGGCACUGCAAGUUGAUGUCCAUUUAUCUCCGAUACAAAUGCUCUGCUCACAUUCAUUGUUGUAAAAAAGGCUCCCUGUUUAAUUUAUUUGUUGACAGGGAUGCUCUGCGUUUUCUUGUGAAUACAUUGUGAAUAAAAUGUUAUCUAAUUGGAA